AUGAGGUUACUGGGUACCAUAUUUGUUAUUAUUUUACUAGUUUAUGUGGAAUCUAAUAGAUACGCUGAUCAAUUAUAUGAAGAUUUGCUUUAUUAUUACAAUAAGAAUGUUCGACCAGUUAAAAAUGCCAGUGAAAGUAUCAAGGUCAAGUUCGGAUCUUCGCUUAUUCGGAUCAUUGAUGUCGAUGAGGUUAACCAAGUACUCACAACCAACCUAUGGUUGGAAAUGCAGUGGUUCGAUUAUAAGCUGACUUGGGAUCCAAUCAAAUGGGGAGGAAUCCUCAAACUACACAUUCCAUCUGAUCAGAUAUGGAUACCUGAUAUCUUAUUAUAUAAUAAUGCUGAUGGAGAGCCUCACAUAACUAUUAUGAGUGAUGCUCUAGUAUAUCACAAUGGAUUGGUGGUUUGGAAACCUCCGAGUAUUUAUAAGAGCUUCUGUCCUAUCAAUAUUGAGUACUUUCCUUAUGACUCACAGUCUUGUACAUUAAAAUUUGGAGGUUGGAGUUACAAUGGAUUCUUGUUAGAUGUUCGUCAACUACCGACUCCAGGCUCUGAAAUAGUUAAUAAAAUGGAUAGCGAAGGCAAAGAAUAUCAAUAUCUUGAGAUGGGAAUGGACUUAUCCGGGUUUUACCAGAGUUUGGAAUGGGACUUAAUGGCGCUGACUUCCUUACGUCAUGAGCAACUCUAUCCAGGAUGUUGUGGACAAGAAUUCUACAUUGAUGUAAGCUUCGUGAUAGCUCUUCGGCGAAAGACACUUUUCUACACAGUCAACUUGGUUAUUCCUUGUAUGCUUAUCGCAAUUCUCACUACUUUUGUAUUCUAUAUUCCACCCAUUGAGCACAAAAUGACAUUCUCUAUUUCAAUUCUCGUUACAUUGACUGUGUUCUACUUGGUUUUGAUUGAGCUCAUACCUCCGACUUCUCUUGUUAUUCCACUGAUUGGAAAAUACCUCUUGUUCACUAUGUUCUUAGUAUCCGUUUCUAUUCUACUUUCUGUUGUUUCUUUGAAUUAUUAUCGACGUGAUGGUUCUGCUCAUCCCAUGCCCAAUUGGGUUUAUAUUGUUUUUAUCCAAACACUACCUCGAUAUCUAUGGAUAAAGCCAACCGAAGAAGAAGACAUCAGUGAUAAAGGAUCAAGCAUAAGUGAAAUUCCACAGUUCUUAGAUUCCUCCAGAAGACCUUCUCCAUUCUUUCUAGCUGUUCCUCCUCAAAUACAAAAUGGCCAAAUGAGAUUAUCGCAAUUAGCUCAGUUACGAGGAAUGCAUCCUGAUUUAAUCAGAAGGAUGAUUGAUAACAUAGGCUUCAUAGCUGAUCAUUUCCGUGCAAUCAAGAAAGAGGACAAAAUAUCAUCCGAUUGGUCUUAUGUAGCAAAUGUGAUUGAUCGACUUGUUUUAAUUGUUUUUUUGGCUGUUAAUGUCAUCGGAACUAUCCUUAUCGUUUGGAAUUCUCCAGUGUUCUUCGACGAUCGAAUGCCAAUUACAAUCGGUCCCGUCAGUCGACCGUUAUCCGGAGAUACGUUUGAAUCAAAAUUCAGUGACAACUUCACAAUGGAAAAUUGGUGGAUGAACACGACUUAG